AAUCCUCAGAACUUUCUCAAUUCAACUGGAAGAACCCCAAUUCUAAAACCCUCGAUUCAACCAAACCCUAAUCCCCAAACAAUCACUAUUUCUAUUGAUUAUCGGAGUCAUUGAUACUACUUGUAUGGGUUUCGAUUCUCUGAUUCAGGCGCCGGUGAGCACUAACAAUUCAGCCGUCGGCGUUAAUUUCCCGUUAGAUGACACCAAUAAGAAGAUUCGAAAGCCCUAUACAAUCACCAAAUCUAGACAGAAUUGGACCGACGUUGAACACGAUAAGUUUCUCGAAGCGCUUCAUCUCUUUGAUCGUGACUGGAAAAAGAUUGAAGCUUUUGUUGGGUCCAAGACUGCUAUCCAGAUACGCAGCCAUGCUCAGAAGUACUUUCUAAAAGUCCAAAAAAGUGGGACCAACGAGCACGUCCCACCCCCACGCCCAAAGAGGAAAGCGUCACAUCCAUAUCCUCACAAAGCCCCGAAGAACGAUGUACCUAAAUCAGUAGGAUCUCAACAGUUCGUUACUGAUGUCAUCAGACGUGACGAUAUAAUCAUGAACAAUCCGUAUCAGUGGGAUACAAACCCAUGGAUGUACAAUACAAUAACAGCACCUAAUGAGCCCACACAAGAUGAUGUCAGAUCACAUAACUGUUGCAGUAGCAGCAGUGAAGGUGAUCCGAAAUGGUCAGCUGGUGAAACAACGAGCGAACAUGAAGUAAAGCACAGUAAGAUAGCACGAGUCAUGCCAGACUUCCCGAAAGUUUACAGAUUCAUCGGUGGGAUCUUUGACCCCAAUGAAGCUAAUCACUUGCAGAAAUUAAAGAUGAUGGAUCCUGUGGAUGUUGAAACGGUGGUUGCGUUGAUGAAAAAUCUCUGUGCUAAUCUCAAAAGCCCCCAGUUUGAGGACUAUAAGAAAUUAUUUUCUUCAUAUGAUGCGGGAACCGGAAAGGUUACAUCAGGCGGUUCAUUUAGCAGUCUUCAAGUGUUGCCCGGGAAAGCAAUCCCGACUUCAUAAAAGUCUUGAACAUGUAUUACUUCUGGUUUUUGUAAACCCCAGGUGUGUAGGUGUUUUGUUGACUUGCUUCUGGUACAUAUAAACUACAAGAAUGAAGGGCAGAUUUGUAAAUAGCAUGUGUUGUUAAUCUGUCGUCAUUUGUUUUUUGGGGGACAGAAUAAUCUCGUUUCAAGAUAGUGUUUGGUUUUGGAAAUCCAUGUUAUCUUGAUAUGAAGUAUGAACAAAUGAUCAAAUUUGUUGGUGUGAGUUUUGGUAACAUGCUUUCUGUGUAGCCUGUGUUCUCUUAAUCA